CUACGUAUUCUCCAUCAACCCAUCUCCCUUUAAUAUUACAGAAUCUCUUUCUUCACACAAAACACUCCUCUUUUGGGAGAAAAGAAUUUAAUUUCCUUCUUAUUUUUUUAUAUACAAACAUGGAAACAACAGGAGAGAUUUCUCUUCCAUUUUAGACUUUCCAUAUGAAGUCUUCUCCUCCUUCUUCUCCUUCUCUUUUCUUGCGGAGCAGAAAGGACAGAUGCCUAAGCAUGGCCAGGCUUGUUCCUUUCUUCUUUUCUUCAAUGGGUUUGACAUCCAUUUUCUGUUUGUUUCUUCUUUAUUCUCCCAGCCCUUUUAGGUCAAUCCCUAAACAUAAGAAUGAUCCUGAUGAAAAGCUGCUCUUGAUCAAGCCAGAAAAGGAGGAAGAGAAGUGUAACCUUUACGAGGGUCGGUGGAUACCAGAUUUUGAAGGGUCUCAGUAUACAAAUUCAAGCUGUGCAACAAUUCCAAUCUCCAAGAACUGUUUCAGAAAUGGAAGGAAAGAUAGAGAUUUUCUUAAUUGGAGAUGGAAACCUGAGAAAUGUGACCUUCCAAGGUUUGAUCCUAAGGCGUUUCUGGAAAUUGUUAGAGGAAAAACGCUUGCAUUUAUCGGGGACUCUGUCGCCAGGAACCACAUGGAAUCACUUCUUUGCCUGUUGUCGCAGGAGGAAGUUCCAACAGAUGCUUACAAAGACGACGAAGACAGGAACAGAGUCUGGCACUUUCCUGCUCAUGACUUCACUCUUAAAAUUCUCUGGACAAAGUUCCUGGUAGUAGGAGAGGAGAGAAAGAUCAACGAUUCUUCGUCAGGCAUUUUCGAUUUGUAUCUAGACAAGAUUGAUGAGAACUGGGCAAGAAGCCUCAACAACAUUGAUUACAUCAUCAUCUCCGACGGGCAUUGGUUCUUCAGACCAAUAUACCUGCACAAAGGAUCCGAGGUUGUAGCAUGUGUCUACUGCAACGAACCAAAUGUAACAGACAAGGGUGUUAGCUUUGCUGUAAGUAUGGCACUCAGAGCUGCUCUGAAUCACAUUAAUAACUGCAAGAAAUGCAAGAACAUAGUCACAUUGUGGAGGACAUUCUCACCAUCACAUUUUGAGAAUGGGUUCUGGAAUACUGGAGGGAGCUGCAACAGGACAAGUCCCGUAAGUGAAAAGGAGAUUGACUAUGGAGCUCGCGAGUGGGAACUCAGGAACAAGCAGGUAGACGAGGUUGAAAGAGCCAACAAGAGAAGACAGGGGAAGAGGUUUGAGGUUUUGGAUGUUACCAGGGCUAUGCUGAUGAGACCUGAUGGGCAUCCUGGAGAUUUCUGGGGCAACAAAUGGAUGAAGGGCUAUAAUGACUGUGUUCAUUGGUGCUUGCCAGGACCUAUUGAUUUGUGGAGUGAUUUGUUGCUGGCGGUUCUCAGGCGGCUGAGUUGAUGUCCUGGUAAAGAGGGGCAAGGUAGUUAGGUACAACAUAGUUAUUUUACAGUCCAUUUUUUUUUUCUCUUCAGAUAUAAUAGCUAUUUCAGCUGAAAAAGGCACGAGGAUUACCAGCGGAGAGAGAAAUAAAAAAUGGUGUGUUUCACCAGAGGAAAUUAUCAAUUUUACAUUAAAAUAUGUAAUAUUAUAGAAAUAUAAUAAAAAUAUAUUUAUUUGAUAUUA